UUGUUGUGUUUAUUUGUUGCUAUAUUGUUUCGUACAAAUGAUAUGGAUCCUCAACCAAGCACGUCAAGCCAAAGCUUGUCUCCAAGAAAGAAGAGACCACGGAUUGCUUUAAGCGUUACCGAAAAACUUAUGAUACAAAACGUCUACAAACACGUAUUUGAGGAAAAAGCUGCUUCACUAUUACCUAUUGAGGCCCCCGAAAAAAAAGAAUGUGUUUCGAAAACAGCUGACAUUUUGGGAAUUGGUGUGACCUCAGUUUACAGUGUGUUAAAAGAAUGCAAAGAAAAUGAACAAUUUAAGUCUCCCGAGAAACGUGGACCGAAACACAGUUUCAAAGAUAAAUUAGACGAUUUUACUUUUGCCGCUAUAAGGCGAAAAGUACAUAAUUUUUUUUAUGCAAAUGAGUCACCCACCAUUAUAAAGAUUCUUAAGGUUGUCAAUGAAGACCCAGACUUACCCAAUUUUUCUUGGAGUACAUUAAGAAAUGUUAUGAAACAUUUAAAUUUCAAAUAUGUCACAAAAUCAAGACACAGCAUUUUAAUUGACAGACAGGACAUUAUUCUAUGGCGCCAGCGAUACCUUCGAAAAAUUAAAGAGUAUCGAAGGGAAGGAAGGUAUAUUUAUUACCAAGAUGAAACCUGGAUCAACGAAGGUCAUGCACCGAAGAAGGCAUGGAUUGACCAGACAGUGUUAUCGUCCCGCCAGGCCUUCCUAGAUGGCUUGACCACUGGCUUAAAACAGCCUUCAGGAAAGGGCAAACGAUUAAUUAUCGGCCAUAUAGGCGGGGAAGAAGGAUUCGUAGAAGACAGCUUAUUAAUAUUUGAAGCCAAAAAAAAUAAAGAAGAUUAUCAUCAAGAGAUGAAUGCCGAUUCCUUUGAGAAGUGGUUUAGGGGGGUCUUGCCAAAACUAAAACCAAAUUCCGUAGUAGUGAUGGAUAAUGCCCCCUACCACUCCAGGAAACUAGAAUCGCUGCCUAAAAUGUCUUGGACUAAACCUAGAAUACUAGAGUGGCUAACGAGCAAAAAUAUUUCAUUCGAAGCAACAAUGGUUAAAGCUACUCUUAUAGACAUUGUACGGCAGCACAAGCAAGAACAUUGCGAUAAGUAUGUUGUGGACGAGAUGGCAGCGCAGCAUGGGAUAAUUGUUUUACGUCUGCCCCCAUACCACUGUGAGCUCAAUCCCAUUGAGUUGGUAUGGGCGCAGGCUAAAGGAUAUGUUGCAAGAAAUAACAAAACCUUCAAAAUGACAGAAGUAAAAAAACUUUUUGAAGAAGGACUUCAACAUAUCACACCUGAAAAAUGGAAUAGCUGCGUGUCUCAUAUAAUUAAAAAAGAAGACAAAAUGUAUGGUCUCGACCACAUGAUUGACAAUGUUACUGACAGAUUUUUAAUUAAUGUCACCGAAAGCGAUAGUGAUGAUUUUUUAUCUGAUAAUGAAUAA